GGAAAUUUGUUUAUAUUUAUCUCACGCUGUUAUUAUUAUAAAGAAAAGUUAAAAUUAUAACAAAUAUGGGUAGAUUGUGAUUACUAGAUGAUCUGAUUUGGAAUAUUAUACAUAUUUACAAGUGAACAGUGGUUUUAUUACAGUGCCAGUACUAUACUUAUUUAUAAAAUAGGAUACCCAAAUUUAAUAAACACUAAUGAUAGCCCGCCGCGGCAUUCAAAACGCUCGUGAAAUUCACCCUUAUUGUGGUCAGGGAGAUCUUAUUUGAAUUCAAUGUGUGACAAAGUCGUGUUCGUGCUGUAAACCGUUGAGGAGUUCCUUCGUUUGGAGACUGAUCUUGGGUGUUCCGUCAGGUCAAACUUCAACACUGUAGGUCAAGUGGAAGAUGUUCGUGUACCUGCUUCCCUUGCUCGCCUUUACGUCGGCCCAGAGCACGGUCGACCCGUCAGUUCUCAUCGACGUGUUCGGCCCACCGCCCACGCAGCCGACCGUCACCACCUCCCCUCAGUUCGAAGACAUCACAGUGAAACCGACAGACAAGAACGAGUUUACGGACAAAAACGGACAGAGUUGCAAAUGUGUUCCGUAUUACUUGUGCAGUGCGGAGUUGGUGGGGGUUGACGCGAACAAUUCAACCGUCACGGGGUGGGGGGAGCUAGACAUCAGGUUCGGCGAAGACGAAUGCCAAGAGAGCGUGGAGCGAUGCUGUACGACCCCCAAAGACCCCACAGACGUCGACAUCCACAAGCCAGACCCGACCAGGCUGAGGGGCUGCGGCUACAGGAACCCGAAGGGAGUCGACUUCACCAUUAAAGGGGGUACUGGUACAGAGGCAGAGUUUGGGGAGUUCCCCUGGGUGGCCGCGCUGCUGGACAAUAGGAACCAGUCCUAUGUCGGAGUGGGGGUGAUCGUCCACCCGCAGGUCGUCAUGACGGCAGCGCACAUUGCUUACAAAUUCCCAGAGCCGACCACGCUUACGGCCCGCGCCGGCGAGUGGGACACACAGACUGAGAAGGAGAGGCUGCCCUUCCAACAGAGAGUGGUCCAGGAGAUAUACAUACACAAAGAUUUCCACCCGAGAAACCUACGCAACGACGUGGCUCUACUGCGGCUUGCGCAGCCGCUGGAGCUGGCGCAGCACAUCAACGUGGUGUGUCUGCCGAGACAGGACGAGAGCUUUGAUAGCAGCAGGGGCUGCGUCGCCAACGGUUGGGGCAAGGACAAGUUUGGUCUGCGCGGACGCUACGCCGUGAUCCUGAAGAAGCUAGAGCUGGGCGUGGUGCGGCGCGCGCGCUGCCUGGAGCUGCUGCGCCGCACGCGCCUCGGCUCUGCCUUCCGGCUGCACGACAGCUUCCUGUGCGCCGGCGGGGACGAGGGCCGGGACACCUGCCAGGGUGAUGGCGGCGCUCCAUUGGCGUGUCCGAUCGGCGACGAUCGCUACAAACUUACCGGAUUGGUGUCAUGGGGCAUCGGGUGUGGCGGGAAAGAUGUCCCCGCUGUCUACGCCAACGUGGCCGGCUUUAGACAAUGGGUGGACGACAAAAUGGCCGAAUGGGGGUACGACACUAGCGGGUAUAACGUGUGAUUAUCAAAUUAAUAAAAUAAGUUUUUUAUUUUAA